AGAACCAAAAAGAAUUUCAGAAGUGAAGUGAGAGAAAAUUCAAAAGAUCAAACCAUGGAAAUUCAUCUGUUCUGCUUGUUAUUUUUGAGUGGUUUCUUCUUUGUUUCAUCAAUUAGGGAUGAAGUUUCUUCAUUAUUAGCACUAAAGUCUAGUCUUGUUGAUCCAAUGGAUCACCUAAAAGAUUGGAGCUUUUCAAACAAUGGAAGUUCAUCAAGUUUUGUUCAUUGUAAAUGGAAUGGUGUGUUUUGCAACUCCGAAAGCUAUGUAGACAAGCUUGACUUGUCAAACAUGAAUCUCAGCGGCAGAGUUUCAGAUCAAAUUCAAGGACUUCAGAGUCUAUCAACACUCAAUAUUUGCUGCAAUGACUUCUCCACUUCAUUGACAAAGUCAUUAGCUAAUCUGACUUCUUUGAAGAGCAUUGAUGUGAGCCAGAACAACUUUGUUGGCAAAUUCCCUAAUGGAGUUGGAAUGGCGAAUUUUGGUUUGAAAUAUGUCAACGCUUCUAGCAAUAAUUUCCAGGGGUUUCUCCCUGAGGACCUUGGCAAUGCUACGUUGCUUGAAAUCAUGGAUUUUCGAGGGAGUUUCUUUGAAGGUUCAAUCCCUGCAUCUUACAAGAAUCUGAAGAAUUUGAAGUUUCUUGGUCUAUCUGGGAAUAAUCUUUCGGGACACAUCCCUCCUGAGCUUGGUGAAUUGAAGGCUGUGGAGACUAUAAUUCUUGGAUACAAUCAGUUUGAAGGUUCAAUUCCAGCUGAGUUUGGUAAUAUGAGUAACCUUCAGUAUCUUGACUUGGCUGUUGACACUUUAAGUGGACAAAUUCCAGCUGAAUUAGGCAAGCUGAAGAACCUGACCACAGUGUACUUGUAUCAAAACAGUUUUGAAGGUAAGAUUCCAGCUGAAAUUGGUAAUAUAACAUCUUUAGUUUACUUGGAUCUUUCUGACAACAGAUUCUCUGGGGAGAUUCCAAAUGAGUUAGCAAAUUUGAAUAAUUUGCAGCUGCUAAAUCUCAUGUGCAAUAACUUAACUGGUCCGAUUCCUACCAAUUUUGGUGAGUUAGAAAAUCUUGAGAUACUUGAACUAUGGAAAAAUUCUUUAAAUGGCUCUUUGCCAAUGAAUCUUGGGAAAAAUUCUCCCUUGCAAUGGUUAGAUGUUUCUUCGAAUUUCCUGAUAGGUGAGGUCCCUCCUGGCUUGUGUGAUUCUGGCAAUCUAACAAAGCUCAUUCUCUUUAACAAUUCCUUCUCUGGACCAAUCCCAUCAAGCCUCUCUAACUGUUCUUCACUCGUCCGAGUUAGAAUCCAAAAUAAUCUUCUUUCAGGAAUAAUUCCAAUUGGCUUUGGAACACUUCCUAUGCUCCAAAGAUUGGAAUUAGCUAAAAACAAUCUCACAGGUGAAAUUCCUGUGGACUUCACUCUCUCCACCACUCUUUCUUUUAUCGAUGUCUCCUCGAACCACCUUGAAUCGUCUUUGCCUUCUAGCAUUUUGUCCAUGCCUAGCCUGCAAACCUUCAUAGUCUCCAAUAACAAUCUUAAAGGCAACAUUCCUGACCAAUUCCAAGAUUGUCCUUCCCUUUCUUCACUUGAUCUUUCAAGCAACCAUUUCUCAGGGAAAAUUCCUCAGAGUAUCGGGUCAUGUGAAAAACUGGUGAAUCUUAAUCUAAGAAACAACCAAUUCAGUGGUGAAAUCCCAACUCACAUUGCCACAUUACCAACUUUAUCUAUUCUUGAUUUAUCAAACAACUCCCUAGUUGGAAAAAUACCAAUGGACUUUGGUAGCUCUCCAGCUCUAGAAAUGCUUAAUCUGUCCUACAACAAGCUUGAGGGUCCAGUUCCAAGAAAUGGGAUACUCAUGACUAUUAAUCCCAAUGAUCUGAUAGGAAAUGCUGGUCUUUGUGGCGGCAUACUUCCACCGUGUUCUCAAAGUCUCACCAUCACUUCAAAUGUGAGAAAGACUCGUGUCAAUCACAUAAUCGUGGGAUUCAUUGUUGGAAUCUCAGUUAUCUUAGCUGUUGGGAUCAUGGUUCUAGCAGGGAGAUGGAUGUACAACAGAUGGUACUUGUGCAACAGCUUUUUCAAAGAAUUUCGGUUCAACAAGAACAACUCAGAAUGGCCUUGGAGGCUUGUAGCAUUCCAGAGACUUAACUUCACAAGUACUGAUAUUCUGGCUUGCCUAAAAGAGUCAAAUGUGAUAGGUAUUGGUGGCAAUGGAAUUGUCUACAAGGCUGAGAUUCAGAGGCCACAUUCUAUUGUAGCAGUUAAAAAGUUGUGGAGAUCAGAUGGAGACAUUGAAGCAGGAGAUGAUCUCGUUGCAGAGAUUGAUCUUUUAGGGAAACUUCGUCAUAGGAACAUAGUUAGGCUAUUAGGCUAUCUUCACAAUGAGACUGAUGUCAUGAUGUUAUCCGAAUAUAUGCCUAAUGGAAAUCUUGGAACUGCUUUACAUGGAAAAGAAGCUGGAAAAAUGCUCGUAGAUUGGUUGUCGAGGUACAAUGUUGCCCUUGGUGUUGCUCAUGGCCUCGCUUAUCUUCACCAUGAUUGUCAUCCCCCAGUCAUACAUCGGGAUGUCAAGUCAAACAACAUCCUCCUAGAUUCAGAUUUUGAGGCAAGAAUUGCAGAUUUUGGCUUGGCAAGGAUGAUGCUUCACAAGAAUGAGACCGUUUCGAUGGUGGCAGGAUCAUAUGGCUAUAUAGCACCAGAAUAUGGAUACACAUUGAAGGUUGACGAGAAGAGUGACAUAUACAGCUACGGGGUGGUGCUUUUGGAGCUUCUGACAGGAAAAAUGCCAUUAGACCCUUUGUUUGGAGAAUCGAUUGACAUUGUAGAAUGGGUUAGAAGAAAAGUAAACCACAAGGCAUCAGAAGAAGCAUUAGAUGCUGAUGUAGCUGGCCAAUGUAAACAUGUCCAUGAAGAGAUGCUCCUUGUCCUAAAAAUUGCACUUCUUUGCACUGCCAAGCUUCCCAAAGAAAGACCAUCAAUGAGAGACAUUAUAACCAUGCUUGGAGAGGCAAAACCAAGAAGGAAAAGUAUUUGCCAGAAUUGGGGUUAUAGCACUAGUGCUAACAAAGACAAGUUAAUCUUUGCACAUUCACCAGUUAUAGGCCUUCUAUAAGUACCAAAACCUUUUUUUUCUCCACUUCAAUAUCUAGUAUAUCUUCAUUUUCAAGAGUUCAAAUGUAAAGAGUUCCUUUCCUUCCUUUUCCUUCUUUACAUUCUGUAAUUGAUAUAAGAGAAGAGGAAAUUGUUUAGUUUGUUUCUUCAAAAUGUGGGAUUCAACAACUGACUUUGGUUGAGAAUUCACUUAAUAAAGCCAUAGA